UUUCUGAAAUAAAUUUCUAAGUGUCACAAUCUAUUGAACAACUGUUUAGAAAUGUUAAGUUUAGUAAACAUUAAAAAUCGCUCCAAAUUUUGUGAUCAACAGGAUGAAAACCCACUUCCCAUGGACCGCAACACGGAUGCUGCGCCACUGGAUGCCAAAAAUGUCCACCACGAGUGCGUAACUUCCAGUGUGGAAAGCCUGUUUCCUCGGGCCAGCCGUAUUCUACGUGGGAUCAGCUCGUCGCUCUGGUCACGACCUUGGUGUCCAUGCAAUCAAUCCACAGCUCCUGCCCGCCUGAAGACACAUCCCAAUGAGCUGAGCAUCCUGCAUCCUCCGCGAACGCAUUCGCAGCCGAUCCCCCCGUGGCAAGUCAGUCCGGCAGCCUACGUGGGAUAUCGUUACAGAUUGCGGAGAUAGUUAUGGGUUCCGCAUUGUGCGAAUAGAAGUGUGCCGGCUGAAAUCAAAGUUGGCGCCGGUCGAUAUUCGCCGGAUCGGCUCUCCGGCGGAAACACUGUGUUCCUCCCAUUUCCGCCUGUUUCGCUUUGCCACUCACCAUGACGACACUAAGUGGCAUUCAAGUUGCAUCCAAUCCGUAACGUCCCCAUCUCCCCCCUCUGUGUUGCUGGUGUCCGCUUGCCUGGCUUGUGGUUUGCGUUUAAAGUUUAAGUGGCGCAAAAUCAGCGCUCUUGCACUGGAAGAAACUGUGCGAGUUCUAGGCUUAAGAUUAUAAAGUACUAAA